AUGGAUCGUGUGUGGUGGAAAUCAAAUUUCAGUGCAUCCAAGAUCCUCUUCUACGUCCUGUUCCAUGGAAUGCAUAUCGGCAUGUUUAUCUUUGGAUGGUGGAAGCAAAUCAGUGAUGCUCGUUUGGCCCCCCUGAAUACGUUGGGAUUCUCAGUGUGGAUUUCUCGUGGAGCUGGCUUGGUGCUCUCAAUUGAUGGGGCACUUAUUCUCUUACCUAUGUGUAGGACUCUCGUGAGAAUGGUUCGACCGAAAUUUCGUUGGCUUCCUUUGGAUGAAUCCCAGUGGUUCCAUCGGCAGGUGGCAUAUUCCUUGCUUUUCUUCUCCAUUGUCCAUACUACCGCUCAUUAUGUGAACUUUUUCAAUGUUGAGAAAAGUCAAGUCCGAAAAGAGACUGCUGUUCAGAUUCACUACACCCAAGCUGGCGGAGUGACAGGUCAUGUAAUGCUUCUCUGCAUGCUACUGAUGUACACCACUGCGCAUCAUCGCAUUCGGCAGCAGGCUUUCGAAACUUUUUGGUACACGCACCAUCUUUUCAUUCCAUUUAUGCUGGGGCUUUACACGCAUGCCACAGGUUGCUUCGUCCGAGAUACUGUCAACCCAUUUUCGCCGUUUGCGGGAAAGGACUUUUGGACCCAUUGCAUCGGUUACGAAGGCUGGAGAUGGGAGCUCUGGGGAGGAGGAAUUUACCUAUUCGAAAGGCUCUAUCGGGAAAUACGGGCUGCGAAACCUUCGGAAAUCACAAAAGUCGUCAGACAUCCAUAUGAUGCCAUGGAAAUCCAGUUUUACAAGCCCAGUUUCCGUUACAAGGCAGGACAAUGGCUCUUCAUCAAUGUUCCGGACGUCUCAAGAGCACAAUGGCAUCCUUUCACAAUCACUUCAUGCCCAUUUGAUCCUUAUGUUAGCCUUCACAUAAGGCAAGUUGGAGAUUGGACAAAACAGUUGGGUAACCGUCUAGGUUGCGGACCGCAGCAAGCAAAAGAUAUAGAUGGUCUUGACCCACUGGGGAUGUACGAAAUCGCAAUGCAGAACGGACAAACAAUGCCGAGCAUUCGAAUCGAUGGACCUUACGGAGCUCCCGCUGAAGACGUGUUUGACAAUGAAAUCGCCAUCCUAAUUGGAACAGGUAUUGGCGUCACCCCAUGGGCUUCUAUUCUCAAAAACAUUUGGCAUCUACGAGCAUCACCAAAUCCACCACCACGUCUGCGCCGUGUCGAAUUUAUCUGGGUCUGCAAGGACACUAGCUCGUUUGAAUGGUUCCAUGCCCUUCUGUCAUCAUUAGAGUCCCAGUCAGCACAAAAUGCCGGUGCCGGGCAAGAGUUCUUACGCAUCCACACCUAUCUCACACAGCGUUUCGAUCAGGACACUGCUGCCAAUAUAUAUCUCAACUCUGUUGGUCAGGAAGUUGACCCUCUCACGGAGUUACGGACAGGGACCAAAUUCGGCCGACCGGACUUUCAGCGGUUCUUUUCGGCUCUGAGGAAUGGCCUGAUUGAUCAAACUUAUAUGGCCGGAUUAGACGCUUCAUUGCGGACGGAUGUCGGUGUCUACUUUUGUGGGCCCAAUCCGGCAGCUAAGUUGAUCAAAAAGGCCGCCAAAGACUGUACCACCAAUGAAGUCAGGUUCAGGUUUUGGAAAGAGCACUUCUGA